CUGUGCUUAUCGACGCGAAUCACUCCAGCGGGUGGCAUCAGAGGCCAUGGUACAUGACAGCACGGCUGAAUUUGAUCCAUACCCUAUCUCGGAUCAAGCAUGUUGAAUCAGCUCAGGCACAGCUUGGUCACUUCAUGGAUAUGCUCGAAUUAUGCGGCUAUAAUAAUGCGGGCGAAUAGAUAGGCAUCCCGGCCUUGAUGCUUCGUAUAAACAAGGGCCAGGAAUGCUAUGAUUUCGUGAAAUGGUGGCAUACGGUCUGUGGAUCGUACGGCGAUAAUGUGCCUCUUCCAAGCUCUCUGGGGUUUAACUUUACGAACGCUGAUGCUUUCGAACGCCUUGAUCUGUUAAGUGACCGUUUUUCCAAUUCCAACUAUAUCGUCGACUUAACCCUCCUGAAAGUCAAACUAUUAUUAGGCUUAAGGAGGCUGGACCAAGUGGCUUUGGCGUUUGGAGCUACAUUCCCUCGUGAGAUCCUUGAUAUGAUUCUGUCAUACGUACCUCUGAGUUCCGUCGUUGCCGGAAAUUGCAGUGCCUUGAAUGAUGGAGCGCUCCAGAAGCUGAUUCACGAGUUAGAGGAGCAAGUCGACGUUUUGCUUAGGGAAGUCUAGAAGAGGGAUCGUAUUUUUUGGUGGAAGCUUGCGUCCUGAACUUCUGUUCUAGAUGCAUGGUAUAGCGAGCUC